CAAUCCUCCUCUCUUUUUAUAGAUCCAGCUCAUACUUUUAUAAGAGCUCAAAAGGACGUAGCAGUAAGAUUGUAGACAGCCAAUUUGCAAGAGAUGGGUCGUAACAAUGAUUCUGGGAAUUUUCUACAAGUUGUGGCUAACAACUUUGAUGUUCUUGCUUUGCCUCUAGUCACACUAGUUUAUCCCCUAUAUGCUUCAAUUAGGGCAAUAGAAACCAAGUCUCGUACCGAUGAUCAACAAUGGCUUACCUAUUGGGUUCUGUAUUCUCUGAUGACAAUCUUUGAGCUCACAUUCGCCAAAAUCCUUGAAUGCUUUCCGGUAUGGACUUAUGCCAAGUUGAUAUUCACAUGUUGGUUGGUGCUGCCACAAUUCAACGGAGCUGCACAUGUUUAUCGACGCUUCAUCAGACCAUACUAUAUGAACCCACAAGUUGCUCAUCAAAUGUGGUAUUUCCCAAGAAAGAAGGGCGGUAGCCUCUUCAGCAAGCCGGAUGACGUUUUAACCGCCGCCGAAAAAUACAUGGAAGAGCACGGGACAGAAGCAUUUGAAAGGCUCAUAAGCAAGGCUGAUAGAGAAAGGAGCAACAGGAAGAGCAACAACUACAUGAUCUUUGAUGACGAUUAUAUGUACUAAUUAAAUCGCAGUUCCUGUCUUAAUUAAUUCUGUUAACGGUACUUAUGCUGAUCUUUUCCUAAACAACAUUUUGUAUGCUACGUCUCUUAAAUCAUGAAAUGGUGUGUCGAUUUGGUUUUGAGUA